GCGGGAGAAGAGGCGGGCCAGCUCCAGCAGCACAACUUCAGUUCCCUUUAGAUCUUCUCCCUCGGCCACUGUCCCAACCAGGACUGGCUGGCUGUGGGCAUGGAGAGCAGCAACGUGGAGGUGCUGCACGUGCGUAAGCCCGAGAAGUACCAGCUACACCUGCACGACAGCUGCGUGCUCUCGCUCAAAUUCGCCUCCUGUGGGCGCUGGUUCGUGAGCACGGGCAAGGACAACCUGCUGAACGCCUGGAGGACACCCUACGGAGCCAGCAUCUUUCAGUCCAAGGAGUCAUCCUCCGUCCUGAGCUGUGACAUCUCCAAAAACAACAAAUACAUCGUGACGGGCUCCGGGGACAAGAAAGCCACCGUGUAUGAGGUGGUGUACUGAGGCCACCUUCCCCUGCGCCCAGUCCAGCUCCCUGGGGUGACCGGGAUGG